CGUAUCUAAUGGUGUAUUGUGUGUUGAAUAUUUUCACGAUUCAACCUCAUGCCGUGAUUUGCUAAUUGGUGAACAAUUUUGAAAUGUGCUUAGAUUAGUAUAUAAACACAUAAAAUAUCUAUCUUUUGUCUCUAACCAGGUGUGGACUACACUAACCAGGAUCUGAAAAGGAACUUUGAAGCCCUUGCCAGUGUUGACCUGCUGAGUUCACAUGGUCUCUCCAAUGACCCCAUGCCCAUCAGGGAUGAGGAGAACGGUCAUGGCACCCGCUGCGCGGGUGAGAUAGCCAUGGAGGCGAACAACUCCUACUGUGGGGUGGGCAUCGCGUUCAAUGCCAGAAUAGGAGGGAUCCGCCUGCUGGGCGGCCCUGUCACCGACGCCAUGGAGGCCGUGGCCCUCACCUUCAGCCCCAACCUCAUCCAAGUCUACGUGUGCUCCUGGGGGCCCCCCGACAACGGCUCUGAGCUGGGGGGCCCCGGCCGCCUCGCCCGUCGGGCCCUCCAGUGGGGAGCGCACAAGGCGAGCUCUCUUCUACUGUGGCCCCCGCACUGGGGCACCCGGACGUCUGGGGUUUACACAGGCUGCACGUCUCAGUCACGCCCAUCCAGGCAGGAUCUGUAA